CCAGCAAAGCACUAACCUUCCAAAACUCACGUGGCGUUUGCAGUCUGGGAGGUACAGUCACAGAAAGAAAGAAAAGUUCCUUGCUUUGCCUCCGCGCUUUACAGAUUUGACGCAGUUGCUGUCUGGUCGGAUGCUGCAAACCAGAGAUACAGUACUACCGUAGUACAGUAUUGGUUAAUAGCAAAAUACCCUGAACCUGCUCUGCUAGCCAACCAGGCUUGUUUCCAACAUUGGGGAAAUGACUUCUGGCAGAGCUGGCUUGCGUCUGGCUGCCUGUUUGCUAAACAUUUCAGAAGGAAGAAGAAAGGACGUUGUUGAGAAAGUAGCCAGAGCUGCAGUUUGUGAGGAUCAUGGCCAGGAGCAUCUCCGAGCCACUGUGCUUAAUAUAUUUUCUGACUAUGACUAUAACAGGUCCGUCAUAACUAUUGCAGCUCCAGUUGACUGGCUGGGCAGGUCUGUCGUGGCUGCCUGUGUGGAGGCUUUCGCAUCAAUAGAUAUGGCGGCACAUGCUGGCAUCCACCCUUGCCUUGGCGCAGUAGACCUGGUGCCCAUUUACCCGUUGGCGGGUGUCGAUGUGGAAGAGUGUGGAACAGUGGCUCGAAAUAUAGCAGAGACCCUGGUGUGCCGUGUUCCUGGUUGCAGCGUAUUUCUUUUUGGGCAAGCUCAUCUCCCAGAGAGGCAAAGUCUGGUUCAAAGAAGAAAACAGCUGGGAUGGUUUAACCGUAGAGCUUUCAAUGCAGCCACUGUUAUUCCUGAUGUGGGACUGUCGCCUACCUUAAGACACGGUUUAACAGGGGUCGGGGCCAGCCCUUACGUGAUGAAUUGCAACGUGACAGUCGACACGCAAGACUUGGCUACGGCCAAGGCGAUCGCAGCCUUCAUCCGGGGCAGUAGUGCCGGAGGCCUGGUGGGCGUGCAGUCGAUGGCUUUCCCACACAACGGCCAAAUCGAAAUAGCGUGCAACGUGGAAAGCUUUGACGACCAUGACACCAGGUGGGCCGCGGGCGACAAAUCGGGAUAUGUUUCCUACAGCAUUCUCGGGAGAACGUAUCACUAUGUGUCGCCUUGGCUGAUAGAGGCUUCCAUUAAGAAGUCGGCCAGAGACCACGGAGUCAGCACCGUUGGGACCGCACUGGUUGGGUUCACGCCAGAGGAAUGCGCACGAUGCGCUGCCUACGCAUUGACAAGCGGUGUCCGUGAGUUCUGGAGAGUGCGGGGUGGUGUUUUCAUGUGAUAGCCUUGCUCCAAGGCUUACUGCACGCCAUCUCCCCAGACAGACUCUUGCCCCACUCAGUGAUCCUCAAAUGUUUUUGCCUGGCUGGAGCACAUCAUCGAACUCUGACCCUGCCUCUAGCUUGCCUGUAGGGAGGGUGGAAAGGGUUGUGUCAGGUUGUGUGGAAAUUAGCCUACCGUACAAAGGUAAAGAAUUACACCAAUUGCUGUGCCCAGUUUUACCUCUGACACUGCCCACCGCUGUUAUGAAACUCCAAGAAACCUGCCGUCAGCCUGAAAAACGGUUCCCGGUCACUGUUUUAAAUUCUUCUCCUUGCUAAUUCCAAGGCAACCUUUGGGGGCCAGGAGACCAAUGUAUCCUGGCAAGGUAGAAGACCAUUAUAUGUGCAUUUAUGUAGAGUGUAUCCAACUAACACUUUGCUCAGAAUUAGGACAUCCUGGAUUAGGCCAGAAAUUCAUCCUUUUUUCACGGUGGCCAACCUAUGGGAAGCAGGACUUGAAUGCAACAGUCCUCAUUUGUGAUUUCCAGCAACUGGUGUUCCAAGGCGUACGACCUCUGAGAGACUAGGAAAAGCAGAAAAACACUUUAAGUACAUGCUUUGGAACGUUGCCCCAACACCUAGCUAGUGGCUGCCUUCCAGCACAGUCGCAAGUUCUUGAUUCUCCAGGAGCAAUGGGUGGCAAAGGGAUGGACUCCAGAGAGUCUUGGCUGGAACCUCAGUGGGCCAGAUGGGGAGGCUUCGCAGAUUGGGACUGGCCAUAGGGCACCAGUUCCCUCACCCCUGUCCUAGAGCAGGGGUCGGCAAGGUUUACCUCACCUGGGCCAGUUCACUCCAGCGGAGAGCCGAAUCGUGUGUGUGUGUGAGCGUGCCCGCCCGCGAUUUCCGGCAUCUGCGCAGACGCGAUUUCUAGCAUCUGCGCAUGCGCAGACGAGAUUUCCGGCACUGCAGAAGUGAGUCCCUGCGCUGGACUGCAGCGGUUUAGCACAGCGUGCGGGGACUCGCCAAGCGGGCGGCUCGGUUCGGGGAUGGGUUGUGGGCUGGUUAAAGGACCCCCGUGGGCCGCUUGUGGCCCAUGGGCCUUAGGUUGCUGACCCCUGUCCUAGAGCCUCGCUCCUCCCUUUCUUCUUGUGCCUCAUCCAUGCCAAAGAGGCUACAUGGGAGCGGCAAAUAUGGUAGCCAACUUGAUGCCCUCCACAUUUCAUUGUACCACAUCUCCCAUCAUCCCUGACCACGUCGGCUAGAGCUGAUGCAAUCUGGACUCCCGACAACAACUGGAGCACCAAGGUAUCCCCCUUGAGUUUAUCUUGGUUUACCACGUCCCACUGGGGAGGCUGCUGCGUUGACAGCAAUAAAACCCAAGAGCAAGCAAGAAUCCCCGCUGUAAUUAUUGGGGGAAAUGGCUCACGCUUCCAUGAUGCCCUCUGUAGGGUGCUUCCCUUUAGAGCUACCUAUCAGCCAAUAAUAGAAGAUUGGCCUUUGCAUUUCAGAAGCUAUUUAAGGCAGUGGCUGUAAUGUGAACCGGCAAAUUCCACAAAUUACCUAUCUGAUGUGUGCAAAAUUGACUAUUACUGCAAGAUGUGGUGGUGACUUGGAGGAGUUUGACGUAUUCCGGGAGCGUAACAAGGCUAAACGUGGAAGCAAUUGCCUGUUCUCAGCACUUUCGGUUUUGCAUCAUGUCCACCAGGGGGCAGCAAUUGCAAACCCUCCCUUUAAAAUGACAGUUUUUUGCUAUUUUGCUAUCCUCUUGUUUUGCCAUCCAGCGGCUAAGAGAGGGACUGCUCAGCAAGGGAACUUUUAUAGUGCCCGUGCUCAAGGAUGAGCUGUUGACAUGCAAAUGUUAUUGUGCAGUUUCCGAUCUUGAUGUCAGGUAGUGGCUGCCGUUCAUUAAAAAGGAAGAAGUGAGUUUCUGUUUAUGUGUUAUGGACUAUAUAUGGGCUGCUUGAAUGUUAAGAUGCCUCGUGUGGUGGCACGAAUGAACACCCAGGAUAAAUCCUGGUUCAAAUCUCACUUGAGAAUUGUUGAGUUUGAAGGGACUCUGAGGGUCAUCUAGUCCAACCCACUGCAAUGCAGGAAUUUUUUUUGCCUAAAUAGGGCUUGAACCCAUGACCCUGAGAUAGCUACCAGCUGAGAUAUCCCAGGCACUUCUGGCCUAUGAACUCACUUCCUGGCUUUUCCUAACGCAACCUGCUCACAUUCUUAUGGAACAAUUCAUUUAUUUACAUAUUGCUGUUUUCUGCAUUGUAAUGCCUUCAUCCUGAAAAUGUUUCAGUGAAGGAAAGUCUCUACUUCUCUUUAUGUUGCAUAUAUGUAAAAGGUAAAGGACCCCGGUUGGAUUGGCAAGAGCAAGAGGCUCAGUGGCUUAGACCACAGAGCCACCCAACCCACUGUAUAUCAAGGGUGGGGAAUAUCUUUCAGUUUGAGGGUCACACACUCACACAUCCACCUCUCAAUCCUGCAUCCAGGCAAGUACAAGACAUUACAGUAGCUGAAGGUCACAUUCCAGCCAGGUAGGCUGCAUACACGCCCCACAUUGAAAGCAUGUGACCUCCCACCACCAUGCAAAGAAUCAUGGGAACUGUAGUUUGCCAAGCUUGCGGGGAAUUGUGGCUCUGUGAGGGGGUAAACUACAGUUCCCAGGAUUAUUUGGGGGACAUCAUGGGCCUUCAAUGCAAGUGUGCACACAGCCUUAAAAUCACUAGAGAAGGAUGCAGAGCAGGGGUGAGUAUCUGGGGUUGCAAUGGACUGGGGCAUCUCAAGGGCCAGAUAGAGAGAGCUGGGGGCCACAUUCAGUUUCUGGACCUGAGGUUUCUCACCUCUUCUUUAAAAGGUGAAAAGGGGCCAAGACCCCUCCUGGGUCGCUGUUAGGCAGGAUGAAACUAUCCCAUGCCCUCCAACAUUUAUCCAAUGAAAAUAGGGGCAUCCCAUUCCAUAAUAAUAAUUUUGCUAUUUAUACCCCCACACAUCUUACUGGGUUGCCCCAGGCACCCUGGGCAGCUUCCAAAAUAUAUAAAAACAUAGCAAAAUCUUAAACUUUAAAAAACCCUUCCCUAUACUGUACAGAAUUGCCUUCAGAUGGCUCAGGGGCCGGAUAAUUCCAUACCCUCCAGCAUUUCUCCCAUGAAAAUAGGGACAUCCUACCAUACUCUCCAACAUGUCUCCAAUGAAAAGAAGGACGUCCUAAGCAGGACAUUCUGGGAUCAAAUCAGAAACUGGGGCAGCUUCUCUAAAUCAGGGACGUCUCUGGAAAAUAGGGACACCUGGAGGGUCUGCUAUCCUGUGUGUAACCUACCAAAAAGUUCUUCACUUUGAGGGAGGAAGAAGAGUCUGCAGCAGCAGGUGAGGAAUUUAUAAGGGAGAGUCGGCUUUUGGGCUUUGCUCAGCUACAGGUGUCUUUGCAAAGCAAUUUGCACCCAAAUAACUGGGUGUCUUUGCAGAGCAAUUUGAACACCCCUCCAAAUUGCUUUGCAAAAGACACCCAGUUAUUGGCCUAUUGGGAACAAUCAUUGCUCUAAGCCUGACUGAGACAAGUUUGGCCCGAACAGCUCCAAAUCAUGAUUUUGAACCCCGCACUCCCCCAUUUCUGCUGCACUGCUUUUAACCAAAGACACUGGCCAAUUAGUCUGAGUUGUGUUGCCUUCUCAUUAGUCAGAUAAUUGGCCCCAGAUUUCUACGAUCACUACGUGCAACUAAAUAUAUUUUAAGCAGCAUUAAUCACUAAUCUCCUUGCACAUGUUUCAGAUUUUGCAAAACGAUCAAAUGAAAACACUCUCAACUGAUUCGGUUCCAGGGAAGGAUUCCUCCCUGCUAUCAGCUCCAGAAUCCCACCAUUUGUUUGACCCCCCGCCCAGAAAAAAAAAGCCUGGGAAAACAGAUUGGCCUUACAAACAUACACAUGUUGCAUAUAAGUAAGUUCAUCACGUAAGUCACUGAAACAGCUUUAAAUGCCAUUUUAAAGUCCUUUUUUAAAAAAAGUCAUCGCCAUGGUACUGCUAAUUGGCUUUUAGAUCCUAUUUCAUACACAUACGUCAUCAUGGACUUACUUUUAUUUAUUUAUUGCCCAAGCAGAGUGCUAUCCUGGGAUGGAUAUUCUUUUAAGAAUAAGGGCUUGGAGUUCAAUUGAACUGCUGGACUCCUCUCCUCUCCCCACCCCACCCCCCAAUUCCCAUUUUGAAUGGCUAACAAACUCCCCAUCCCUCCCCCCAAGGCCAAAUCACAAAAUGCCUUUUGUAACUGAGGGGAGUUUUAUAAGCAAAUCUGCCAUGCGGUCAUCCAUUUGCCAUGUGCUGUUCAAGGAAAAGAAGUCUAAAGCUCCCUUGGGCUUGUGCGGUACCAGUUGCACUGCUCUCUGGAUCAAGGCCCAUGGCGAUAAAUCAGCAUUUCUGGAAAGCUGAGGUUCUAUGGGCUGAAAAUUAGGAACAUAGGGAACUGCGUCAGUCAGCCUGUCUAGCUCAGCUUUGUUUACACUGACUGACAGCAUCCUGUUCUCAUAGUGUCCAAUGAUGCCAGUGAGAAGUCCACAUGCAGGACCGGAAUUCACGGGGCCCUUUCCUCUCUUGCAACACCUGGGAUAGCUCAGCCAGUAGAGCAUUUUAACAUUUUUUUAAAACUUCCCUAUACAGGAUUGCCUUCAGAUGGUCAGUGAGUGCUGGCUGGCUGCACACCCAGGAUUUUUGGUGAUGCCCAAACCUAGCAAAAAUCUGGGACAUGGACUUCAGUAGACGGAGCAAAUGCAGUAGUUCCUAUCGACUACUGUAAUGCGUAAUUGAAACGAUUAUGAAUCCUUCUUCCAUCUCCCAUCUCCACUUCCCUUCCCUUUGAGAAAGUUUGGCUUGUAAGCACCUCGGGGCAGGGAACUGUCCCCUUACACAAUUUCAACUGGUAUGCACACUGGUGGCACAACAAUAUUAACACCAGCGUAAAUGUAACAAUUUACUUCUAUUAUUAUUUUUUAAUAAUUUUUUUAAAAUUAAAUUUUACAUAGCAAGUUUCCAUUUAAACAUAUCAAUCGCCUUUACAUUUAGGAUUCUCAGAAUCCUUUGACUUCCCUCUGCCCUUCUCUGGUUUCCAUUGUACAUCCCUUUUUAUUCAACUUAUUCCCCCCCCCCCCCCCCCGGUUUACAAUGUUCUCUUAAGUAACCUAUAAAUUUUUCCCAUUCUCCCCUAAACUUCUUGUCGUCCUGGUCUUUGAUUCUCCCGGUCAAUUUACUUCUAUUUGUCCGUUUACUAAAUCUUUGCGGAUGUAUGCAAAAGACAGAAGCACACUCUCCUUCUCGCAUGGACCGACCUUAUCUCUCCAACUUUCCCCUUUUAUAUUCAGGUGGCGACUCUCAGGAUAAGUCUUUGAACAGGAAUGACCUCCGAUUCUGGCUUUGAAUCAUGGACUGACACACAUGCCUUCCUUUGCCAGCAGUGACCCAGUCAUAAUGCUCAAUGGGCAAUUUUCGGUCACACUUUUAGCCUAAUUAAUUGGCCCUGGGCCAUGCGUUAGUGCCAAGAUGACAUCAAUGGUGAAUCCAGCAACCCACACAAGUCCCAGCCUCAUUUACGUUUCCUGCUUACGUGCAAAUCCUUUUAUAACAAAUGCUAGCCACCUUUCCGUUGGAAAUAGUCGAUCUAGGUAGUUACUGCACUUUGGAGCCUUCAGUGUGCUUAUCCUUUACAAAGGAGCCCUGAACCCGUUAGGAGAGCUCCUGUCUUAAUGAUGCCCCAACCAGGACGAACACACUGUUACCCCUGAACCAUUUCCAAGACCCUGCUUUGAAACGUCCAUAAAAAAAGUUAACCACCAGAACUACAGCAACAGCCAAAGAAGCAACAGUCUACACACCGAGAUAAAACAGUGGUAAUGAUGUUCAUAAAUGUGCUUUUCGAAGUUGCACCUGAAAGUCUCCUUUAUUUAACUGCUGGAUUUUGCAGAAUGUCCACCCACCCACACCUCUUCAGUUCAGCUGGUAUCGCGCACCACAGAACAAAGCAAGUUUAGAACUUGCCGAAAGUUAUUUUAAGUGUGGCAGCUCCUACACUUUGGGAACUCCCUGCCUAUUGACAUCAGGCAGAUACGUUCAAAGUAGUAAACUUCUUGGCACCUGCUUAAAACAUUUUUGUUUAGGCCUGCCUAUCCAGACAUAUAGAUGAAGAUGUUGACGCGCUUGUAAUCUCUUUUGCUGUUAAUUUUAAUCCAUUGUAAAUGUUUUCCAUUGUUCUCAACUGAUAAUUUAACUCAGAGGCUUUUCUGCAGUGAAGCAAUAUAUAUAGGUUUGAACAAUAAAUAAAACAAUAUUGCCGAUCAAGUUCAACGACAGCCUGUUUUACUGUCUCCAGUUUUACAAAACAACAACAGCAGCAGCAACAACAGCAACAGCAACCAAACAAUAUUUGGGUCAAAUAAGCUCUCGCCCAUUUCCAGUUGAACAAUUUAUGUAGCUGAACCAGUUCAUCAGCUGCAGAGUGAACAAGGUGGCAGAAAACAGCCUCCUUCCUUUGAAGCCUUGAAGUCCUCCUUUGCUCAGUGUAAGUUCAGUCUAAAAGUAAAGAGCCAUUAAGAAGGGCAAGCAGGGAGUUGCCCAUCAAAAGUUAGCACUUAGACAACAGCCUGAGCCAGACACACAGGAGAUACAGUGGUGCUUCUCUUAACGAAUGCCCUGCUUAACGAAAUUUCCGCUUAACGAAAGGAUUUUUCGAGCGGAGGUUGCCUCGCUAGACGAAUUCGUUUUAUGAAAAAUCCGUCUAGCGAAUCACGGUUUCCCAUAGGAAUGCAUUGAAAUUCAAUCAAUGCGUUCCUAUGGGCAAAAAAAAGUCAAUUUUUUUCAAUGCAUUCCUAUGGGAUUCGCUAGACGAAUUUUUCAUUAUAAGAAAAGACCCGUGGAACGAAUUAAAUUCGUCUAGCGAGGCACCACUGUACUGCCAUUCCCACUAUGGUGAAAUGGGUUGUAUGUGUACUUCCAUGUUAGCAGUUAUUGCUAAAGAUCUAUAUAUUUAAAAAUGUAGAGAGUUCCCAGCACCCCGGGACAGAACCCACCCGGAGACCUGGGGAGUGGGUGGGAUUUUGGCAGUAUGUUGGAUGUUGUUUGUUGGAUGUCCACUGGAGGGGGCAAUUUUUUGUAUACAAAUCCAGGUUUCUACCUGUCCUAGGUGUAUGGACAAUGUAAGUGGAUAGAGACACUCUCACAUGCACUCCCGAUGUUGUGGGCAAAUUUGAGGGUAAGCGGUUGUGGAUAAAGUUUCAUUUGAAUAAACAUGCGCCCUCUACAUUUAUAUAUAUAUAUAGAUUGUACUACCAACCUUACUGUAUGCUUGUGAAACAUGAACCACUUAAAAACGCCAUCUCCAACUCCUCCAAAGGUUCCAUCAAUGGUGUCUCCGAAAAAUGUUACACAUCACUUGGGAAGACAGGCAAACUAAUGCCAGUUCACUGGAACAAGCAAAGAUUACCAAUGUCAAAGCAAUGAUUCUUCAACAUCAACUUCGUUGGACUGGUCAUGUUGUGCGGAUGCCUGCUGAUCGUCUUCCAAAGCAACUACUCUAUUCUGAACUUAAAAAUGGAAAGCGUAAUGCUGGUGGUCAACAAAAGAGGUUUAAAGACUCUCUCAAGGCAAAUCUAAAAAAAAAAAGUAGUAUAAGCACUGACAACUGGGAAACAUUGGCUUGCGAACGCUCCAAUUGGAGAACAGCCUUUACCAAAAGUGUCAUGGGCUUUGAAGAUGCUUCAAUUCAGGACGAAAGGGUGAAACGCACUAAGAGGGAGGCUUGGCAAACCCUCACCAUGAUCAACUCCCACCCGGAAACCUAUGUCCCCACUGUGGAAGGACGCGUGGAUCCAGAAUUGGCCUCUACAGUCACUUACAGACUCACUGUUAAAACCGUGUUCGUGGAAGACAAUCUUACUUGGCUGUGAGUGAUUGCUAAAGAAGAAGAGGCAGGUCUGUGUGUGCAGGGCAGCUGUGCUCACACAAGGAAGUCUCUUGCUGUGUGCUUAAAAUGCUUGCCUGAUCAUAUCAACUAAGGUCCAUAUUGGAGUUGCCAUUGGUUUCUACAGGGCAGUUUUGUGGACCAGACUUUUGAAAAGACUAAAGAUGAGUUAUGCAGAAAGUCAUGCAAAGGCUGAGGAUGGAAGUUUUUAAAUUGUCUUUGCGUGAAAUGAAUUAGCUCAUGGCCCUCUUAAAAGAUCCCCUUGCCUUCCCAUAUCUGAGGCUGAACUUUUCUGAUAUUCAUCUCCUAUUUAUAGCAUAAUCCUCCCAUCUGGAAAAAGCACCAGCCCACAAUAUUGCUUUCUUCUUCCUCCACACACAAUAACCACCGAUAUUAAACACUUAAUGCUCCUUCGUAUGUUGCUCGCCACACAUUUCAGUAAAUUAUUGUCAGCCUGGCCUCCAAAGGAAAGACGGAAAUUAUUGCUGGGAGCAGAAGGUUCUUCUGGGAUUUUUUAUUUAAUAUCAGAGCAAUUAAGUGGGAACGCGUUAUUGAGCAGCGGAAAGUACAUUUUGUGCAAGCAACACAAGUGCAGUGUUGUAAUAUAAAUGUGUAUUGGAAUAAAUAUUGAGCUUCUCUUUUAUGAACGCUCAGGAUUAUUCCAAGUUGUGUAAAACACAAUCUGGAGGAAAGAGAGUGCAUGCGUUGAAGUUUAGUGACUAUACACAGCAAUCCUACUCAGGAGUAAGACCCAUUGAGUUCCUUGGCACUUGCUUGUGACCUUCUGAAACUUGUUAGAUUCAACUCCCUCCAGCCCCUGUUAACGUGUUGAAAAUGUCCUUGACAAACUUGGUGGCCUGUUCUCACAAGACCUUAACCUAGGUCAGUCACCUUUCUAUGGUGGCUAAGCAACUCCUAAUAUGUUUUUAAAUAACGAUGAAUUAUGAAAAGGGUAGAGCUUGAGAUCUGCUCUUGGCAUCUCCAAAAUAGUAGGGCUAGAUAUGUCCCCUUCCUGAAACCCUGGAGAACCACUGGUGGUCGUUGUAGACAAUGGUGAGCUUAGAUGGACCUCAAGAUCUGUGUCGGUAGAAAGCUGUUUAUUAUGUUCCCAAGAACAUAAUAAACAUGCAUGCUCUGGUUAUCUCCCGCUUCGACUACUGCAAUGCGCUCUACGUGGGGCUACCUUUGAAGGUGACCCGGAAACUGCAAUUAAUCCAGAAUGCGGCAGCUAGACUGGUGACUGGGAGUGGCCACCGGGACCACAUAACACUGGUCCUGAGAGAUCUACACUGGCUCCCAGUACAUUUCCGAGCACAAUUCAAAGUGUUGGUGCUGACUUUUAAAGCCCUAAACGGCCUCGGUCUUGUAUACCUGAAGGAGCGUCUCCACCCCCAUCAUUCAGCCCAGACACUGAGAUCCAGCACCGAGGACCUUCUGCUGGUUCCCUCAUUACGAGAAGUAAGGUUACAGGGAACCAGACAGAGGGCCUCCUUGGUAGUGGCACCCGCCCUGUGGAACACCCUCCCUGCAGAUGUCAAAGAGAUAAACAACUAUUUUACUUUUAGAAGACAACUGAAAGUAUUUCAGUUCAUAGCUGCCAAGUUAUCCCUUUUUUAAAGGGAUUUUCCAUUAUGCUGAAUAGGCUUCCUCGCGAGAAAAGGGAAAACUUGGCAGCUAUGUUUCAGUUUAGGGAAGUUUUUAAUGUUUGAUGCUGUACUGUUUUU